CAACUUUUGGUUGAAAUCAACAGGUAAUCUCAAAUGUUCUUUUGUAAUCAUGUAAUCCAGGGGCACAAUGGUCAUAUGCACUACACUAUUUAAAUACUAGUAAGAGAACCUUACUUUUAAGACAACCUUGUUAUAGCAUCUGCAAACAGAGGAGAAACAGAGCAUUUCCCAUCAUUUCCAACCCAUAAAAAGGCAAAAAGUAAAAGAGAAGAUUUUCUCCUUUCCAUACAAUAAGAUAGAAAAACAAACAGCAAACAAGAAAAGAAAUUGGCAAAUUUCCAGCAGCAAACAGGUUUUAGCUUGAUGUCAACACAGAAACAAGCCUUGGAUCUUCAGCAGCAGCAGCAGAUGAUGAUGCGGGUUAAGAAUUCAGGAGUCCUGAAUUACAGUGGAAGCCCAUUGAAUGAUGAGAAAGAGGAAGAGAUGACGAAGACCGCUUUGUCGGCGUUUCGAGCCAAAGAGGAAGAGAUUGAGAGGAAGAAGGCUGAGGUGAGGGAAAGGGUUCAAACUCAGUUGGGUCGGGUUGAAGAAGAAACUCGAAAACUGGCCGAAAUUCGGGAGGAACUUGAAGCUCUUGCGGAUCCAACAAGGAAAGAAGUAGCGAUUAUUCGGAAAAGGGUUGAUCUGAUUAACAGAGACUUGAAGACAUUAGGACAGACUUGCCAGAGAAAGGUGAUGAUCAUAAAAACUGAGUUUUUAUUAAGAACAAACCUCUGUUCUAAGAACCCUUUUGCAUUUUAAAUUCCAGCCCAAAUCAUAUUUGUACAUUUAAUCUCUUUUGCAGGAAAAGGAAUACAAAGAGUCGAUUGAGGCUUUCAAUGAGAAGAACAGAGAAAAGGCUCAGUUGAUCAGCAAAUUAAUGGAGGUAACCUUACAACACUUCCUUAAUCUGGCAAAACCUUAAUGGUUUUGUAAACUGCACUUUUUGCAUACUAAUUUGCUUCGUUUGAUCUUUUUUUUGUUGUCUAGUUGGUGAGUGAGAGUGAGAAGCUAAGGCUGAAGAAAUUGGAGGAGCUGAGCAAGACCGUUGAAUCCUUACACUAAAACUUUUGGUGCUGCAAAAAUUUGUUUUACCUUCAUGGAUGCAACUUACAUUGACUUGUGCGCUUGGAAUUUGGAUUCUUCUAUUUGAUUUUUCUCUUUGUGUUCCUGUUUUGGGAUCAUUUUGUAUUUGUUUGUUUUACCUUAUUAAACACAAUGAUUUUUUUUUUUUUCACCUGUGUUGCUGCAAGCCAGAAGAACCUGACAUUUGCUUUCCAAUUUGUAAAUGUGAAAUCCUUUUCUUUCUUUAUCAUUUGUAACUCAGAAUUGUCCAUAUUUUCAGUCACUGUAAUACAUUGCUGUUUUCUGUUUGUGACAUUAUAGGGAUAGCUUCUCUUCAACAAGUG